AUGCGCGGGGUCCUUCUGAAAAUCGCUCUACUGGGCUUCAGUCUCUAUAGCUCUGCAUCUGUGCUGCCCAGGGACUCGGGUCGAACCAGCGCGCCAUCCGGGUGUUCCACGGUAGGCACGUCUGGCAAUUAUUCAACGAUCGGCGACGCCCUCGACGCUCUGGGCUCAUCAACGGCGGACGCAUGUAUUUACAUUGCAGCCGGCACGUACGAGGAGCAGCUGAUUAUUGACUAUGCGGGCCGCUUGGCAUUGUACGGGGAGACAAAUGAUACCGAAACAUAUAAGCAGAAUACCGUCACCAUCACCCAUACCUUAUCAUCUCCGGAGUCUGGCUCUCUCGAUAGCAGUGCCACUGUCAAUAUCAAGUCGGACUUGGUUUCGGUAUACAACAUCAAUAUAGCGAAUGGAUAUGGGUCGGGCGCGCAGGCAGUAGCAGUUGUGGCUAAUGCCGACCGACUGGGAUUCUAUGCAUGUCAAUUCACAGGGUACCAGGAUACUCUCUAUGCCAAAUCUGGCCAUCAGUACUAUAUCAAUUCUCGAAUUGAAGGCGCGGUCGACUAUAUCUUUGGCGAUGCCUCCGCCUGGAUUGAGAAUUGCGAUAUCGUCUCGAAUGGUGCUGGCUACGUCACCGCCAUGUCGCGAGAGGAGACUUCUGACACGGCGUGGUACGCCAUUGAUCACUGCAACAUCAAGGCAGCGUCCGGAGUGGAUCUGACUGGUGAUGUCUAUCUGGGCCGACCCUGGCGAGUCCUCGCCCGCGUGAUCUAUCAGUACUCAGUCCUAUCCGAUGUUGUCAAUGCCAAAGGUUGGCAUACUAUGGCGGAUGGUGCAACACCGCUUUACUAUGAGUUCAAUAACACUGGUGCUGGAUCUGACACAUCGGAGCGAGAGUAUCUGAGCACUAUUGAUGCUGCCGUGACAAAGGAAACAGUCUUAGGAGAUGACUAUAGUGAUUGGGUCGACUCCAGUUUCUAG